CUUGUGUGGCGAGGAAAAACUCUGCUCUACACACCACUGACAACACAAACACACACUUGGCACUCAGUGUAUAUUAGGAUUAAUAAUUCUAUAAUUUUAUCCAUGCUAUGAAGGUAUGCACUUGCUUUAAAUCUCCAUGCAUUCUUACAAGCAGUUGACAUUUCUACUCUGUGAAUCCAUUAACUUCCAAUAAAGAGAACUUGUAAGCAGGCUUGUGUAGUAUGUCAGUUUCAAAAUGCAUUCUCCUCAUGACUUGGAUUUCCUCUAUCAGUCUGUCCUUCUCAUGUCUAUCCCUUCUCUUUCCUGUUGUCUAGGCAACCUGUCCCAGGUGGAGGUGAUUGGCCGAGAUGCCCUGAAGCUCCUCCCUAAUGACCACACCAUAAUGUUCUCAUUGGCUAACGUUUUGGGCAAGCUACAGAAGCAUGAGCGGUCCUUUACCCAUCACUGGGGGAAGCUGGAGCUGGCAAAAAAGCACUAUGAACGGUCUCUGAUGCUGGAACCAGAGGCCCCGGGUAUCCAGGACAACUUGCUGCAAUGCAAACUGGACCAGCUUUACAUGGCCAAACCACCCUGAGGCACUCAACUGACUGCAUGCCACAUACACACGCAUAUGAAUCAUGCUUGAAACUUCCAGUCAAAUUUUUGCUAUCCCUGUCAAAAUAAAAUAAAAAUGUAAAAACAAAAUCAAAGUGGUGUUGGUAAAAAGCUGAGGGAUGGGCAUGGAGAAAUUCCUAGACAGCGGUAAGAAUGCAAGUACUGACCAUCCAUUACAUAAAAAUAACAGUUUUAACUAUGUUAUGAGUACUCUCAGUGCCAGUCAUUCAUAUUUUUCAUGAUAACGUAAUGAAACAUGGGCUGCUCGCUAAUUUGGCUCAAUAUACACUGAACAAAAAUAUAAAAGCAACAUGAAGGGU